AUGCUUCCAGCUGAUGAACAAACAUGCCGAGGCAAAACCAAUGAUGGCUCACUGUGUCCAUGGCUCCGCCCUAAGCUUAGGAAGGACCAGAAGGACGACGAGCCUGCGAUAUGUGUAAACUGUGGUCAUUAUGACACAUCACAUCCGCAGGAAGCCAUUCUGCAACAGCCACCAACAACAUCUUCCAGCUUUGGUUCAAUCAUGUCGAAAUAUUCUCACCUGCUGUCAAAAACGGGUGCGUCAGAAGACAUUGCCCGUCGAGAGACAAAUCUGGGGUUCCGAAAGCAAGAUCUAGCCAUGCCUGCUUCAAUGAGCCGCACAGCAAAGGUUGGGGUGCGCUCCGGUGGUAGUAAGGAUGUCAUCAAGAAGACAACUGCAGCAAACCUCCGAAAGAUGGGUGUUGGAUCAAUCGUGAUGGUGACUGUUGGAGUUAAUAGAAAGGGUUGUAUGAAACGAAAGGUUGCACCUGACAUGGCCAAGAUUGAAGAACUGCGAAGGCUCAAGCUUGCUGUAUCCAAGGGACCCGAUGGCGACAAUCUGCAGAUUGCACCAGGCAUGACAAAGAGUGACAUUGACAGAUAUCUGCGCACUCUCUUCCCUCGUCUCUUCGAUUACCUCGAAAACCAUGAUGAUGAUGGCAGGAAUAAUUCGAACUUGACACUGGCAGGUGCAGAUGGGUUUCGCUGGUAUUUAAUUGUCAAAAGUGGCAAGAAUAUGGUCAAGAGCAGUCAGGAGGGACUUACAGGCAGCGAAGUUUUAAAGACUCGUCAUCCUGCUGGACGAAAGUGGACUGAUCAGUUCAUUUAUUUCGGUACCAUGCUUGAAGUGGACCCAGAUUCUUUUGAUGAUUCGAUGAACGAAGUUGCGGAGGCGGAGGACAUAGGCACUGUUGGAAGCAAUGAUAUGGACGAGUCCGAGAAUGAGGUGUCGGUGCUCCCAAAGGAAAAGACUCUCCUAAUCUUAAAAAACGAACUCGAUCCAGUGGUGCCAAGCUGUUUGCGACUUUCCUUGAUUCUGACUCGGAUUCUGAUGUUGAACUGGUGGAAGAUCAUGGCCGUAAAGGUGAAAGGACCAAAGCGCCGCAAAGAAAGUGCCACCGAGGUACAUCAGGAAAAACCCCCUUUUCGUAUUGGGGACAAUUAG